GGACUUGAGCAGCUCCGGUCCGCGGGAGAGGCCCCGGCCCGGGCCGCGUGCCCACAGAGCUGCGCUCUGCUCCGGUUUCCAACCCUGUGAGCCAAUGGAUUGCUUUGGGAAUGGAAAGUUCUGUACCCAGAUGGGCUCCCAGCAGCACAGGGACAGCGAUACCAGAGACAUUCCAGAUGAUUGCAGAAACAGGGGAAGUAGUAGAAAUGUUAAUCCCAGCAGUGGCUGUCAGGUGAACGAGGCUGACAGACCUGUCAAACGUCUCAGGAGGAAGAGGAGACUGCUCCUGGAGUCUGAGGAUGACGAGGAAAAUGCAGAUGAGGACGAGGAGAAGAAUAAAUCAAAUAAUAUGAAAAGCCGCAGAAACACUAAACCAAUAAAACAAGUUGUUCCUGGAAAGAAGAAGGUAUGGAACUGGGUUUCCUACUUAGAAGAGGAACGGAUGCCAGCUGCUCCCCUAAAACUGUUCAGAGAGUAUCAGUCAUUCCCACAAGGCCGAAAUGGAUUUAAGGCUGGAAUGAAACUGGAAGGGCUGGAUCCUGAACACCCCUCUCGGUUUUGCGUUCUCACAGUGGCUGAGGUACAAGGGUACCGAAUGCGAUUACACUUUGAUGGUUAUCCAGAGUGCUAUGACUUCUGGGUUAAUGCUGAUUCCUCAGACAUCCGUCCUGUUGGCUGGUGUGAAAAAACAAGUCAUAAGCUGCUCCCUCCUAAAGGUUUCAAGGAGGGAGAAUUUAGUUGGGCUUCCUAUUUGAAGAACUGCAAAGCUCAGGCAGCUCCAAAAAGCCUUUUUAAGACCCUCAGCACUCCUGUCACCCCCUCUGGUUUCCGUCUGGGAAUGAAGCUGGAGGCAGUGGACAGGAAGAACCCAUCGCUGAUGUGUGUCGCAACCAUCACGGACAUGGUGGAUAACCGCCUGCUGGUUCAUUUCGAUAACUGGGAUGAGAGUUACGACUACUGGUGUGAAGCUAGCAGCCCAUAUAUCCGUCCUGUUGGCUACUGCCAAGAAACUGGAACCCCACUGACAACACCACCUGGAUACAACGAUUCCAAAGGCUUCUCAUGGGAGAGAUACUUGGAAGAAACUAAUUCCCAGUCAGCUCCAGCAAGAGCAUUCAAACUGCGGCCUGCUCACGGAUUCCAAGUUAAUAUGAAGUUAGAGGCUGUGGACAGAAGAAAUCCCAUCUUGAUAAGAGUGGCAACAAUAGUUGACAAAGACGACCAUCGCAUUAAGAUACAUUUUGAUGGCUGGGACCGUCAUUACGAUUUCUGGGUCGAUGCAGACAGCCCUGAUGUCCAUCCAGUAGGCUGGUGUGCAAAAACUGGACAUGCUUUGCAAGUGCCUCUAGGAGCUGUUGAUCAAGUGGGAGCAGUGGGACAAACGUGUCCUACUCCAGGCUGCCAUGGGAUCGGCCAUGUGAGGGGACCCCGCUAUGGAACACAUUAUACGUUGGUUGGCUGCCCAUAUUCUGAGGUGAACCUCAACAGAGAAAACUUGUUGCAGGACCGCCUGAGUGGGGAGAGACCUUCCCCCAGCAGCAGCAUGCCGAAAGCCAAGAGGCCAGAGACUCCUGCCCCAUUCCUCUCGGGAGCAGGAGAGUCUUCUCAGGAGGACUCUCCCCAGUCCCGAUCUGCCCAAGACAGUGAAAAGUCGUGUCAAAGCAGUAUUCACAGCCUGUCGGAACAGUCUGAAAGCAAUCAAGAGAGAGACUGGGGAGAAGAGGAUUCCUUUGCAGACAUCAAAGCCAAACAGAAGAAGCUUGGAUGCUCACAUGCCUAUAUAAAGUUCCAGCUGGUGAAACAGGAAAGCAAUGGGAAAGACCCUGACCUGGAUCUCCAGCAGGCCCUCCACCAGUCCAUCUUCAUGCCUUCCCUGGCCUCUAACCCGACCCACCGCCUCCAUCUCUGCUGGGAGAAGCACUGCAAGCUCCUGCCAGAGGUCUCAGGCCUCACAGCCAAACACGUGGCCAAAUGGACUGUGGAAGAGGUUGUAAGCUUUAUCCAGCGCCUGCCUGGUUGCAAAGAACAAGCAUCUGUGUUCAGGGAAGAGCAGAUAGACGGUGAGGCCUUCCUGCUCCUGAACCAGAGCGACAUAGUUAAAAUACUCAGUAUCAAGCUGGGUCCUGCCCUGAAGAUCUACAAUGCCAUUCUCAUGUUCAAGUCUGCAGAAGACAUCUGAGAAGAGCCCUUUGGCAGAGCCCACGAGGAACUGACAGGGAACAGACCUUCAGCUGAGAGCAUUGCAACGUGCAGAUCGGAACUCGGACCUAUUUUAAGUAGAACUUAUUAGAGGUAUUUUUCAAGACAUCAAACUCCUGCCAUAGUCUGGAAUACAGGGCAGCUUCACUUCCAAGAAGAGGAUAUUAUUAUAUUUUGUAAUUGAGUUUGGGUUUGCUAUAUCAAUCUCUUUUUGAGAUCUAGAAGAAACCUCCGGUUCUAAGGGGAAUCCAGGGGAACACUGGUGGAGCUGCAAUAGCAAGAAGAAAGCUGUGAGUAAAAUGACUGCUGUGUUCAACGAGAGUGCCUGAAAGACUGAGUUAUCACCAGCAUGUUUAAUAUAUGUGUAAAAACUCUAGGAAAAGAGAAUAAGAAAGUAGGAAAGAGAAAAGAGUGUCAGAAAAUAGGGAAAAGACGCACUUCAGAGCAACUCAGCUGUAUCCUUCAGUGCUGUGACUCAAGAGAUGCCCUUUUCAGGACCAUUUUUAUCUUGUAGUUCCUCCUACUGAUCCUGACUGUACCCUUGCUGCUUCCACCACAGAAAGGUAGCAUGGGCUGAGGGUUUCAUCAGUGAUGGCUUGCAUCGUUUCUGGUAACAAGCAAAAUGUUCUUCCUCGUGUCACCAGAGAGUGGGAAGCAAGCCCUGUGGAGAUAGGCUUUGGGUAGGCAGAGAUGUCUCAUAAAGGUAUCUCCCACAGGGGACAAA